GUUGUGUUCGGCGCUAGCAGGCUGGCUAGUAUCGCCGCUCCUGAGCCUUCUAUCCCCAUGAUCCUCCGCCUGGUUGUCGUCGCUGCUUCACUCGUCGUCAUCGGACUGCUCGUGCACGCCAACACGCUCGUCGGAAGCUCCCGCAACGCGCACCUGAGCGCGCUGCGGGCGGGCGGUCCCUCGGCCGUCGGCAGCAGCACCGCUGCCGCUGCCGCCAGCGAGAGCCCACAGGCCGCUGCCGCUGCCGCCAGCGAGAGCCCACAAGCGGGUGCGGCGCAGCACUCGCAGCCAGCCAAAGCGUCGCACGUGACCGCCACCUCCGAGCCGGCGCAGCACGCGACGCCGCCGCUUGCGGCCACCACUCCGCACGCCGAGGCGGCGCCGCAAGGGUGCCCGCCGACCCGGAAGCCGUACCACGUGGUGAUGACGGCGGCGACGGGGAUUUACCAGGAGUGGCAGUCUCGCAUCGCGUACUACCACUACCUCAAGCAGAAGAAGGCGGGCGGUCCGUGUUCCGACAUCGGCGGCUUCACGCGGCUGUUCAACUCGCCGAGCGCGGCGCCCGACAAGCUGAUGGACGAGAUCCCGACGCUGGUGGUGAAGCAGCUUGGGCACGGGUCGUGCGACGAGUGCGACCACGGCUUCAUCGUGAUGAACCGGCCGUGGGGCGCCGUCCAGUUCGUAGAGACGGAGCACUUUCGCAAUAUCCCGGAGGAGUACCUCUUCUUCAUCGAGACGGACCACAUGAUGAUGCGCCCGCCCCUCAACGGCGCCACCCCCGAGAAGCCGGUCGGCUUCGGCUUCUACUACAUGACCUCGACCCUAGAAGCCAAACACACACUGCGUCCUACACCCACACAUGACACCUUCUCUACUCUCCCCCCUGUGUCGCAUGUGGCAUGCCCCUCGCCCCUCCUCGUGCACAAGGCGAUGCUCAAGCGAGUCGCGCGGCCGUGGUGGGACCUCUCCGUCAAGAUGAAGCACGACAGCGACGCGAACCACAUCUUCGGCUGGGUGCUCGAGAUGUGGGGCUACAACCUCGCCGCCCGCAACCUCGGCAUCCGCCACACCGUCUCCCAGUCCAUCCAGGCAGCAGGGCACGGGGACAGGCCGCCGCUCCUCGGCCCUCCCCCGAGCAUCCUCGGGCGCUUCCUCGCAGGUCGAGCCACAGGGCAUCGGCACCGACGACAUGGCGGACAAGGACAUCUACCACUGCACCUCCCCCUAUCUCCGCCUAUCUCCGCCUAUCUCCCCCUAUCUCCCCCUGUCUCCCUCGCAGGACAUCUACCACUACACCUUCGGCCUCAGCCUGCCUGGCGGCUGGAGGGUGGACAAGCGGCAGUACUACGGCGGCUACCCCGCCGACCACCUCCGCUCUCCGCCCGCCUGCUCCGCAAGGUCGGCGCAGAUCAUCACCAACCUCUGGACCGAGGCGGCGCAGCAGAUCUCCAACUGGCCGCGGAGAGUCGAGCCCAUCGCCGAAGACCCGCACGCCGGUGA